AUGUCGCCGCUCCGGGCUCUCAGUCUCCUCGCCGUCUACCUCCCAACGGCCCUCGCCGAGUGCAAGACGUACUGCCCCUACCGGACCCAUCCGAUGGAGGAGAAGUGCGGCUGGGCCGGAUGCGACACCUGCGUACCCUGCCUGCCGUGCAUGCCGCACUGCCCAGUCGCGACCCAGCCCUGGGAGGAGAAGUGCGAGUGGGCAGGGUGCGGAGGCUGCACGGAGUGCUCGGUUCCGCCUCCUUCCCCGCCCGCACAGUGCAAGACGUACUGCGCCUACCGGACGCAGCCGAUGGAGGAGAAGUGCGAGUGGGCGGGCUGCAACGGCUGCGGCGAGUGCGCAAACGUCAGAGCAGUACGCGGUGCCUUUGAUGCGUUUGCCGGCGGGGAUAUCACCCCGGUUAUCAGUCUUCCGCUCGACCCGGAAAACUACCCGUUCACGGCGUACGGGGAGUUUGGUCGAGAGCACUAUCCGAACCUCCUGCCCUGGCUGGAGCGUGUGGUUCAGUUCCAGACCUAUGUGCACGGGCUCCUCGGUCACGGGGACAAGAUUGAGAUCGACGCCAAGGACAAUACGGUGUUUGCCACCACCUCCUUCGUAUCUGCGUGGGGGCUCUACAUCCCGAACGUGUUGUACGUCUACCAGUUUGACCCAUUGGGAAGCGGCAAGGCUGUGUCGCAAGAGCUCUACUUUGACGGACCAACCGCCAAGUACCGCAACUACACCAGCUUCCAAGCAUGGCUAGCUGACGGCUUCGUGCCACCGGAGCCGCCGCCGCUCCCCGCUGCGCCGUGCCAGCUCUCCCCGGUGCCGCCUCUUGGAUACACGGGCUGCACGUCGAUGUUUGCCUCGCCAAGCAACACUCCAGCUGAGCUGGCCAACAUCGAGGGUUUGCUUGCCGGCAUCGGAAACCUUAGCUUUUUCUUGGGGACCCAAAACCCUAGCUUUCUCAACAGCUUUCUCGCCUCGCUUGUUGAUCCGAGCAACGUGGACAUCGCCGUUCAAAGUGCCUUGGGCAUGAAGUACUUCACGACGGCCUCCGAUUAUCUUCAGUGGUUCGCUACAACCAGCUACAUCGACCGCCCCAUCACCUAUGCGCUCGAAUCAGUGGUCGCUGUGCUUUCAAACUCAGUCAGGGAAACUCGCGAGUUUCCAGAAUGGAGCACCAAACACCCUCUGUUUUCCCUGGAAAUUUCCGGAAACGCAAAGUGCUGGGGACCAUCUGUUUUCCUUUUUGUUUGCCGGUAA